AUGCCUCCGAUUUCGGAGAACAAUCCUCAGGAUGUGACGGAAGCUUUCAAGAUUCCCACGAUCGGCAUCAUCUAUCCGCCGCCCGAGCUCCGAAACAUAGUUGACAAAACAGCGGGCUUCGUCGCUCGCAAUGGACCCGACUUCGAGGCGAGGAUCCGUCAGAACGAGAUCAACAAUGCCAAGUUCAACUUUCUUAAUCCCGGUGAUCCCUACCAUGCCUACUAUCAGCACAAAGUCAAGGAACUCAAGGAAGGAAAAGGUCAAGAAGAAGUGCAGGCGGUACCGGCACCACCGUCCAAUCAAGUUGUCGCCCAAGUUAAACCGGUGCCGGUUCCUCAACAGAAGCCGGAGAUCGUGCGCAUGAUCGAGCCGAAAAUCGUCCCAAAAGACCCUCCGAAAGAGUUCGAGUUCAUCGUCGAUCCCCCUUCGAUUUCCGGCAUCGAGCUGGACAUCGUAAAGCUAACAGCGCAAUUCGUCGCGCGAAACGGCAAGAAUUUUCAAACGAAUCUAAUGAAUCGUGAGCAGAGGAAUUUCCAAUUCGAUUUCCUUCGGCCGCAGCAUUCGUUGUUCCCCUACUUUCGCAAAUUAGUCGAACAGUACACGAAGAUCCUCAUACCGGACGAUGGUUUCGAGAAGGAGCUCAGCGAACAAAUCUUGAACCCUGAGAAAAUACUAGAUGACGUACGAUACCGAGUCGAGUGGAUCAGACUACAGGAGUCCGAGAAACGGAAACGUGAAGAAGACGAAGAGAGGGAACGCGUUCAGUACGCUCAGAUCGAUUGGCACGACUUCACCAUCGUCGAGACCGUGGACUAUUUGCCGAGUGAACAAGGGAACUUCCCGCCUCCCACCACACCGCAAGAGGUCGGGACGCGAGCUCUGAUGCAACAGCGACUCGAGAGCGAGGAGAUCGACGUCGAGAUGGAAGUCGAGGACUCUGACGAGGAAAUAGAAAUAUCGAAGAAAACUCCUUCGAUGCCAGUGACAGCUUCGCCGCACAAAGUACCACCCCAAGAAAUGUUGCCCCCACCACCGGUGCCUCCCGUGCCGGAGAAAGUCGUCGUCAAGAAUUUCAACCCGUCCCAGCAGAAGCGAGCCCUUCCAGCGGCCGCUCAGCAGAAAUUCCUCAUUUCGCCAAUCACUGGAGAACGCGUGCCGGCCGACAAGAUGGAAGAACACAUGCGUAUUGGAUUGCUUGAUCCUCGUUGGGUCGAGCAGCGAGACAAACAGAUCCAGGAGAAGAUGACUCAGGAGGAAGUCUUCGCCCAAGGCUCCUCGAUCGAGAGCUCAUUGAAACAUUUCGCUGAACGUCGUACGGAUAUCUUCGGUCAGGAAGAGACCGCCAUCGGUAUGCGGGUGGGUGAAGAAGAAGAAGAAAAGCCGCCCGAGAGACCUAUCUGGGACGGACACUCGGCCACGGCGGAAUCCGUCGCGAGGCAGGCCAGAGCCAACAUCACCGUCGUGCAACAGAUCCAACAGAUCCACAAGACCAAGGGUCUGGUGGCUGACGACGAUAAGGAGAAGAUCGGUCCGGCCAAACCGGGCACGAGUAGAGCCCAGCCGGCUCAACCUCCUCCGUCGAUUCCUCCUCCUGUCGCUCGACAGAAUCUGCCACAAGGACUCCAUCAAACCGGCCCGCCGGGAAUUCAUCAGACCGGACCCCCCGGAAUACAUCAGGCGCCGCCACCUGGAAUACAGCAGGGGCCUCCGGGUCUAAGCCAAGCGCCUCCUCCGGGUAUUUCAGCCGCAAUUCAUCAAGCGCCCCCGCCCGGAGUUCACCCGCCACCCCCUCCUCAGGUCAUGGUGCCUCGACCUCCUAUCAUGGCACCUCUGAUCAUGGCGCCGAAUCCCUCGAUCAUGAUGAUCCCGCAGCCGCCGUCCUUUGUGCCCGUGAUGUCGGUCCCGUCGGCGAUUCCGCCUCCUCCACAGCCUAUGCAAGACGAGAUUCCGCCGGGCGAGGAACCAACAACCAAAAAGGCGAAGACCGAAGAUCAGCUGAUUCCCGAAGAAGACUUCCUGAGAACUCAGCCCGAUGUGAUCGCGGUCAGAAUAGCUGUGCCGCACAUGGCGGACAAACCAGAAUGGCGUCUGAACGGACAGAUCGCAUCGGUGAAUGUCCCUCUCAAGGAGACGUUCGGUGCGCUGAAAUCGAGGAUACAAGAAAUCACGGGUAUGCCACCUGGGAAACAGAAGCUCGUCUACGAUGGAAUUUUCGUGAAAGACAACAAUUCAUUGGCGUUCUAUAAUGUCAUCACGAAUGGUAUCGUUCAACUUCAGUUGAAAGAGAGAGGAGGACGCAAGAAGUAA